AACCUCAAAAAAAAUCUUGCAGGCUCCCCAAAAACGUGCAGCGGCGAAAUCUGAAAAUCCAAUCGCUUUUGGGUGAAAAUUGUGUGCUUUAAUUCAUUCUUUUUUCAGUUAGUUCGCAGUCUUCGUUCCUUACAAAAUGGCUCUUCACGUUCCUAGAGCUCCCGGAUUCUCUUCCAUGCUCAAAGAAGGAGCCAGGCAUUUCUCAGGUCUGGAAGAGGCAGUCUUCCGAAAUAUUAGCGCCUGUAAGCAGUUUGCGGACACAGUAAAAACAGCCUAUGGUCCAAAUGGUAUGAACAAAAUUGUCAUCAACCAUAUUGAAAAGUUAUUUGUAACCAAUGAUGCCGCUACUAUCAUCAGAGAACUUGAGAUUGAGCAUCCAGCCGCUAAACUCAUGAUCCUUGCCUCCGAGAUGCAAGAGCAAGAAAUAGGUGAUGGAACCAACUUUGUAAUAAUGUUUGCUGGUGCUUUAUUAGAGAACGCUGAAGAGCUUUUAAGACUGGGAUUGACCCCAACAGAGGUUUCGGAAGGGUAUGAGGUUGCUCUUGCAAAAGCUCUUGAGAUUCUUCCUACCCUGGUAGUCGAUGAAGUGAAGGACCCCCGCAAUAUCAAUGAAGUCAAAAGAGCUAUGAGGACAUCCAUUAUGAGCAAACAGAAUGGCAAUGAAGACUUUCUUGCAGAACUUAUCACCAAAGCAUGUGUUUCUGUGUUACCAGAAGAGACAUCUUUCAAUGUAGAUAACAUCAGAGUUUGCAAAAUCUUGGGAUCUGGUUUAUUUAGCUCAGAAGUGAUAAACGGAAUGGUGUUCAAGCGUGGAGUUGAAGGUGAUAUCAUCAAAAAGAGCAAGGCUAAAGUAGCUGUGUUUACGUGUGCUGUUGACAUUGCACAAACAGAAACAAAGGGAACAGUCUUGAUCAAGACCGCGGAAGAACUGAAAACAUUCAGCCGUGGAGAAGAACACAUCCUAGAGGAACAGAUCAAGGCGAUCGCAGAUGCUGGUGUGGAUGUCAUUGUGGCAGGAGCCAAGUUCGGAGACAUGGCGCUCCACUAUGUUAACAAAUACAAGAUGAUGGCAGUCAGGCUGAACAGUAAAUUUGAUUUGCGACGCCUUUGCAAAACUGUUGGAGCCACAGCCUUACCACGUCUGACGGCUCCAAAUAAAGAAGAGCUUGGAUACGCGGACAGUGUUUAUGUAGAUGAAGUCGGCGAUACUUCCAUUGUAGUAUUCAAGCUGGAAGGGAAGGAGUCUCGCGUUUCCACGAUUGUCAUUCGAGGGUCAACAGACAACUACAUGGAUGACAUCGAGCGAGCUGUUGAUGAUGGAGUCAACACUUUCAAAGUUUUGUCAAGGGAUGGACGGUUAGUGCCAGGAGCUGGUGCUGUGGAAAUUGAACUAGCGCAUAGGAUAACUGAACAUGGAAACACACUCUCUGGUUUGGAACAGUAUGCUGUGAAAAAGUUUGGUACUGCCUUGGAGAGUUUUGUGAAGACACUUGCCGACAACUCUGGAGUCAAAUCGAAUGAAGUUAUCUCCAAACUUUAUGCUGCCCAUAGCGAAGGGAAUAAGAACGCCGGUUUUGAUAUUAAUGGUAACGGUGAGAUUCUCAACUCCAAAGAUGAAAACAUCCUGGAUUUAUAUUUGCUGAAAUUUUGGGGCUUGAAGUAUGCCACUAACGCUGCCUGCACCAUUCUUAAAGUAGACCAGAUUAUCAUGGCCAAGCGAGCGGGUGGACCUAAACCUAGACAAGGUCCAGCAGACGAGGAUGAUUAGAUCUAUUGAAUGAAACUUACCUCUGCCGACUUCAAAGGUCAUCUAUCUCAAGUCUGCGUGAAUGUGUAAAUAGCUUUCUCUUCAUCACUAACUCUUUACUCAUUCUGAGGCAUUUUCAUCAAUUCUUUGGAUGAGAGAAAAAACAUGAUAGUAUUUUCCGAAGCUUCCUAACUAUUUUUCUAGUUCCGCACCGUAACCUGUGAUUGCAUUUAUUCCUUUAAUCUUUUAUGAACAAAUGUGUUUUCCUUUUUCUAUCAAACAUAAUGAGUUUUAAGCUAUCUCUUGAAAAUUUAGCUGUAAACUAUUUUUGGCAUUAAUAAGGGAGGUGCAACAGUUUUCUCCACAGAGGAAACGCAUCGCAGAAUAAUUGUAAAAUGAUCUAAAGGAAAUUUCAAUAUUAGUCAGCUUCAUGAACUAUUCAUCUCCCUUAAAAAAAUUGUCCAUAAUUCUUCAAGAGAAAAUAUCAAUCUCGGUUCUCCCUUCUGUAAUAUGAAGCUUAUUUUUAAUGAAAUGCCCAACAUUCAAUUGACCUAACCGUACACAUGUUAUGAAUGUGCAUCUCUAGGUGUUCCUUAAUUGAAGCUAUCUCUCAUUUUGCACUGUGUGUACGUUUUUUUUAUAAAAAAUAGUUUUCCUUUGUAUUUUUAAUAAAAUAUUUAUAAAAUAAAAA